AUGGCGGAUUCUUUGCUCUCAUCCAUUGCUACCUUUCAUACGACAAAAAUCAUCGUCACUGAUCCAACGAAGUUUUCGUUUACUGGACCCAUUCUUGAAGCAAUGCUCGGUUGUAUCUCUGCGUCAAGUAACGUUCUCCAACGGUACAUGAAGCGUCCGUCAGUUGGCCCAAGAGAGCUUACGCCAGCUAUGAUUCGCUCCAUUGAAGAGGCUGACAAGCCAGCCAAGAGGGGUAAGAAGCCUGAAACACAGAAGGAAGGUCCGGCUCAACCGAAAAAGCAGAAGAAGCCCGCUAGGAGACUUAUUCUUCAAUCCUCCAGUGAUUCGGGUUCAAAAUAUGUCCCUCCUAAGCACAAGAACGAUCCAUCUUUAGAAUCUGAGAGAGAAAGCUCUGAUGAAGAGGCUUCGGGCCGAGGUGAUACUCCGCCUCGCUCCCCUACCCCAGAAAUUCUAGUUCGCUCUAAUCCUCCUUCACCUCCACCUGUAACCAUCCCAUUCUCCAUCCCUCCUAUCUCUCCCAUUACCACCUCUCAAACUUUCACUAUAAUUCCUAUCUCCACUCCCAUUUUCACAGAUACCACUACUACGACUACUACCACAAAACCUCACUUUACUGUUCCCAAUCCACCUGUAACCGAACCACCUGUCACAACCGAACCUCCACCUACUUCAAAACCAUUAUCUCCCACACAAUCUACUGAAACAACCCCUAUUCUAGGAGGUGAGGACUCUAAAUUUGAUUCCAUGUAUUUCAGUCCUUACCGAGUGCAGAGUGAUGAUGAUGACGAUGAGCCUGUUACAAAGCGUCAUCUCAAGGCAGUAAACGAAAAGCUUGAUCAACUGCUUUCAUCCUCUUCCUCUGGUGCUUAUUCCGAAGCUGCAUUGAAGGCCUUGUUCUCCUCUGUCGACACUGAACACAGUGCCACUUUAUCUGCUGCAGCCAAAGUAAUCGAAGCCUCUACUUCCCAAUGUCAACAAGCCUCUCUUGCUGUUGAUGCCUCUACUAAGGAGUGCAAGGAGGCGACCGCAAAAGUCGAUAAACUAGUCUCCAAAGCUCACUUGCUUUUAGAUUCCUUGCAGGCUGCUGCUGCCAAAAACGCUCAAACUGUCAAUGCUUCAGUAGAGAAUCUUCAAAGGUCUCUUCAAUCUUAA